AUGUCGAGGUAUAGUCGCAGUUCGCGACUCUCUGGAGAAUACUCCAGUAGUAGUCGAAAGUUAUCAAGUUAUGAGUCAUCAUCAUCGGCUUAUGAUAGUUCUGGAAUAUCUUCUUAUUCACGGCGUGAAAGCGGUUCUUGUGUAGAAAGUGGUUCUCGUGUAGAAAGUGGUAAAUACGAAAUAGGAGGCACUGAAGGCAGUGCCCUUUCACGCAUCGAAUCCAAAUACUCUAGUGCUAGAACUGGGAUUGAGUCUAGUAAUGAUUCCAGCUAUGACACUGCUAGCAAACUCGAUAGUCUUGCAUCGAAAUACGGCAUUGAGUCCAAUUACGAAGCUUCGAGUAAAAUUGAUAGCAUCGCAUCCAAAUAUGGCAUCGAUUCUAUCAACAGUGGAACUAAGAUAGAAGGGCGUACUUCCAAGUACAGCCUGGAAACUAGCAUUGAUGGCGAUAAAAUAGAAGGCGUUUCGUCUAAGGCGGAGUCUCGAUAUGAAAGCGUCAAGAAUGGCGGUCGUUCCUCAGAGAGUCAAUACUCUAAAACUGCUAUUUCUAACGGUUCCGUAAGCACCGGAGAGUAUGAAUCCGUUAGAUCCAUAUCUAAAUCAGAAUCUCAAGAUGGCAAGCCAGUUUUUACAAAAACUUUGGAAGGCCAAAACAUUGAGCCGGGUGAAAACGCCGUCUUCGAAUGCGCACUACGCGAGUCAAUGGAUUCUGUGAAGGUGACUUGGCUGAAGGACAACAAACCGCUCGCUGAUAGACUAAUGGAUCGUGUCUCCAUAUCCACCAAGACUGGUCACCAUAAGCUGGAACUUAUGCACUGCCGUGAAGAUGACUCUGGAGUGUACACUGCGAGGGCAGAAAAUGUUAAGGGCAAUAGCCAUUGCACAGCUCAGUUAGUCGUCCACGAGUUGACUCCUGAACAAAGGAGAGAAAGAAACGCACUUAACGCGCCUUACUUCUUGGUGGCGUUAAAAGAUACAGAAAUCAUGGAAAACACUUAUUUGCGUUUCAUGGUGAAAGUCAAAGGCGAUCCCAAUCCUGAUGUGAAAUUCUUCCGCGAUGGAAAGGAGAUCGUGAGUUCGUCAGAAAGCGAUCGCGUGUCCAUCAUCAGAACACGCGCGGACAAAGGUUGUUACGAGCUGGUGAUCGCAGACGUGAACCAGACCGACGCUGGCCUCUAUUCCUGCAAGGCUAUCAACAUCUACGGCGAAGUCAGCUCUGAAGCUAAAGUUACAGUAGUUGAUGACAAGAAUAUCUUCUUCGAGUUGGCUCCUGGUGGCGAAGGUCUACUGACUAAGGGUGAAAAGCCGACUUUCUCCUGGAAACGAGAUGGGCAACCGUUCGAUCCUGAAGAGCGUUUCAAGGUGCUAUUGGGCGACGAUGAGGACUCGUUGGCUCUAGUGUUUCAGCACGUGAAACCUGAAGAUGCCGGCCUAUACACCUGCGUCGCCAAGACUAGCACAGGGAAUAUAUCAUGUUCUGCUGAACUCACAGUACAAGGAGCUGUCAAUGAGCUUCACCGAGAGCCGGAGAAGCCGAAGCUAGUGAUAGAGCAUCGCGAGGCGAUCGUAUCUGCUGGCGCUUCCGCCAUGUUGGAACUGCAGUGCAAGGGUUACCCGAAACCAUCCAUAGUGUUCAAACACGACGGCAAGAUUAUAGAAGCUGACACUCGGCACAAGUUCCUUUACGAAGACGACGAGAGCAUGUCGCUAGUGAUAAAGAACGUGAGUGCAGCCGACGCAGGUAUAUAUCACGUGACCGCUUCUAACGAACUAGGCGAAGACUCCACCACGAUGCAACUCAUCGUGAAGGCCGCGCCCAAGAUAAAGAAGAAGAUCGAGAACCAAACCUGCAUGGCGGGCUCUACUCAUACUGUGACUAUCGAGAUCGAAGGCACUCCCGCACCAGAAGUGCAAUUCUACAAAGAUGGCGUCGAGAUCAAGAGCUCUGAGCGUAUACAAAUCGUAAAGGAAUCCGAUGAAGUGUACAAGAUCAUCAUAAAGGAUGCCAAGCUCAUUGACACAGGCUCCUACUCCGUCGUAGUUAAGAAUGAGGUGAACCAAUGCUCAGAUUUCUGGCAAUGGCAAGUGACGUCACCACCUCGCGUCACUAAAAAGCUCGGCGAAUCUCGCGUCUGUAGUGAAAAGGAAACUGUCACCUUCGAGAUUGAAACUGAAGCUGAACCUGCACCUACUGUCAAGUGGUUUAAGAACAAGACUGAGCUGUUGGAGUCUUCAUCUAUAAAGAUAAGCGAGUCUGGCAAAGCGCAUAGAUUAGUGAUCACAUCCGCCGCACGUGCUGAUGCCGGAGAAUACUCCUGUGAGAUCCGCAACGUGCACGGUGUAGUUACGGAUUCGUGCAAAUUGAACGUUCGCGGUGCACCAAUGUUCACGAAAAAGCUGACUGACAUGUCAGCAAAUGAGGGAGACGUCAAUAUCGAGUUUACUGUCAACGUCGAAGCUUACCCAGAGCCCAGUGUGCGAUGGUAUUUAGGCGACGUGGAGGUAACCGAGAAGAAGUCAGUGUUCAGUCGCGUGGACAGCGGCAACACUCACAAGUUAAUACUGAAGGAAGUUUCCGCGGAGUACUCCGGGAAGUACACGUGCCGAGUUAACAACGAACUGGGCUCAGACGAGUGUGACGCCACAUUUACAGUAAACAGGAAGCCUCGCUUCACCAAGAGCCUGGUGGACAUGACUGUUGAUGCCGGGACUACCUUGAAGCUAGAGGUGGAGGUGGAAGGAUGCCCCGAGCCCAGGGUCAAAUGGUACAAGGACGGCCGGGAACUCACUACUGAUGCUAGGAUCAAGAUCGAGAGGGACACAAAGAGAUUGGAAAAUUACCACCUAACUGUAACAUUGGUGAAGGAGGAAGACGGUGGAGAAUAUGAGGUCAGAGCAGAGAACGAAAUGGGAAGCGUCUCAUCGAAGAGCACCGUAACGGUACACACGAGAGAAGUACAUUCGAGAUUAAAGAAGGAAACUAUUGUCGAAAAUGAACUGGAAGAUGAAAGCAAAUCUUUAAAAUAUACCGUGGAAGAACCCGUGGACAGUGAUGAAAAAAAGAAAGCAGAAAAAGGAAAAACUAAACCUGAGGAAGCCGAAGAAAAAUCAUUCUGGGACGAUAUGAAUGAAGACACUGUUAAAAAAGUCACCAUUGAUGAGAUCGAUACGCCUGCUCCAGAAAAGGCAAAGAAAUCUUUGACCGAACCUGAAGCUGCGGAAGAAAAAUCAAUCUGGGAUGAUAUCGAUGAUGAUGGACUACCUAAGAAACUUAAAGUCGAUGAUGUUAACAAACCUGCGCAGAACAAAGGUAGAAAGUCUAUAACUGAACCAGAAGUUGCCGAGGAGAAAUCUUUUUGGGAUGAAAACCAUAAUGAACAAAACAAAAAGCCCAUAAUAGAAGAGAUAGAUGAUAAUAAACAAACGGGCAAGAAGUCUGUUACUGAGCCAGAAGUCAUAGAAGAAAUUCAAGCUCCUGAAGAACUUUCAUCCUCUAAACGUAAAUCGAUCAAAAAAGAUACUCCCAAAGAAGAACCUUUAAGUGCUGAAAUCGAAGCACCCCCGAAGCUCGGUGAGAGUAGUAUGAAGGACGGCAACGCAUACGAAAGUCUACCUUUAGUUUAUACCGUACAAGCGUUCGGUAGUCCCAAGCCCGCGGUCCGUUGGCUACAUAACGGCAAGGAGGUGAAGCCGAGCGGUCGCGUUCACAUGUCCAAUGAUGGCGACGUUUACAAGAUGGUGAUCGAUAAUGUCGAGAUGAAGGACGCUGGUAAAUGGCAGUGCGAAGUCAGCAAUGAUCUUGGCAAGCAAGUGCAGCAGGCUGAACUGUCUGUUACACCGGCUAGUGAUUACCGCAAACCGAUCUUCACCACCCCACUGGAGGCACAGCGCGUGAUGCAGCGAGAGCCGGUGACACUACGUGCGGUUUGUACCGCUGAUCCGUUACCGCACGUUACUUGGCUGCUCAACGGUGUUGAGAUACCGCCUAGUGCGGCUAUACAGCCCAACGUGGAGAGCACGCAGAUAGAACAUGGUCUAAACGAAUGCGUUUUCACCCUCCACAUACCCACGGGCCGUCACACUGACACCGGCGUGUACACAAUCCAAGCUAAGAACGUUCACGGCGUGGGCGAGAGCUCGGCGCGACUCGAUAUCCUGCUGCGGCCGGAGCUGGAGGGCCUGCGUGACGUCACCGCUGUACCCUUCGAGGAGACCCACUUCGUAUGCAACAUGCGCGCCAACCCUGUCGCUGAGGUCAAAUGGAGCAAGGAUGGCUAUGUGAUUCAACCGUCGCCCCGCCACGAGAUUAUAGAGGACGUUCCAGCUGAAACCUACAAGCUUGUAGUGAAGGAGGUUAGUGUGGAAGACGCCGGUCUUUACACCAUCACCGCCACCAACGAGAUCGGUGAGGCUUCCAUGCAAGCCCGUCUGUCUGUUCAUACCGGUGAGCCAAUAUUCACGAAGCCUCUACAGAAGGAAACUAUAAAAGAUUACGAAGACGCGACAUUGCGCGUGCGCUGUGAUGGCGUACCAAAGCCCCAAGUGUUGUGGUACCGCGACGAUGUACAGAUAGAGAAUGAUGACAGACAUACUAUCACCACGCAAGUUGGCGGACAAGUCGACAGCGAGCUGUUCAUAAAACACUUCAACGCUUCAGACGCUGGCAAGUACAAAGUCCGCGCGGUGAGUUUAGCUGGUGAAGCGGUAUGCUCAGCUGAAAUAUCGCUUGCACGAGCGACACCGAGCUUCGCUCAUAAGCUGGAGCGACAGAAGGACGUGGACGAGGGAGAACCGCUAGAACUCAAGGCCAAACUGGACGGCAGCCCAAUGCCCACGCCUAAGUGGUACAAGGACGGCGUAGAAUUACCUAAAGACGAUCCUCGUGUUAUCCAAACCGCCUUACCCGACGGCACAGUGAAACUGAGCAUCGAACACGCGACCCCCGCCGACUGCGGCGCGUACAAACUGGUCAUUACCAACCCGCACGGAGACAUGUCCGCAUUAUGCGCCGUCGCUGUUAACCCAACUCCCCGCAGGCCGUCGUUCAGCCAGGAGUUGGAGGAUGUGAAGGCAGUGGUAGGACAACCUCUCAAGCUAGAAGCUCGAGUGAUGGCAUUCCCAGCACCUGAAGUUAAAUGGUUUAAAGAUGGUCUACCGAUCCGUCCAUCUCAAUCUGUGAACUUCAUAAAUCAACCGGGAGGCAUCGUAGGGCUCAGUAUAGACAGCGCCCGCCCUGAAGACGCGGGCGUCUACGAGCUCACCGUCUCCAACAGAUUGGGCGAGGUAGGUUCGAAAGCUAAAGUCGAAGUAACUCAGAAGGAACGCAAGCCAGCAUUCCUCGCGGAGUUGAUGCCAGCUACUGUCAUAGAGGGAUUCCCCGCUCGCCUUGAAGUUAAACUUUUGGGUCAUCCCCCGCCGCUUGUUAAAUGGACUCACAACGGCAAGGAGAUAGUGCCGGAUGGUAAUCACAUCCGACUGGUAUCUCUGCCGGACGGCACGCACGCGCUACUCAUAGACAAAGCGACAGCCGCAGAUGCCGGACAAUAUGCCAUCACAGCUACCAACAACAAGGGAGAUACCACCUCACAGGCUCUACUCUCCGUCGCCAAGCGUGAGGACGAUUCAUCGCCUCAAGAACGGCCUCGUCUGAUUCAUGGUCUCCGCGAGAUUACCGCAGAAGAAGGACAGUCGCUGCAUCUGAGCGCGCCUUUCGUUGGCAACCCUGUGCCUGACGUCACAUGGACGAAAAACGGAGAACCAUUAACACCCAGCGACAGAGUACUGCUCACAUGCGACGGCAAGAGGGUUGGCCUGGAAAUCAGCCCGGUGGAACUUCCUGAUGCGGGUGUGUAUGGUGUCAAGCUGGUCAACCCACUAGGAGAAGAUUCCUCUGAGGGUCAAGUGAAUGUACGCAAGGUGUAUACGCCGCCCACUUUCUCGCAGCGGUUCUCAGACUUACAACAGCUUCCUACUUUCGACGCUAAAUUCCCAGCGCGUGUUUUGGGCGUGCCAACACCUGAGAUCACUUGGUACAAGGACGGCGUCCCUCUCCGUCACACGGAUAAAUAUAACAUUAAGAGAGACGGAGACGCAUGCUGUCUGUACGUGCGUGAUCUGAAGCCCGAAGACGCAGGUCUAUACAAAUGCGUCGCCAAGAAUAGGGAAGGUGAAGCAUCUUGUGAAGCUACACUGGACGUCGUUGAUAAGAUCGGUAGGAAACAGAAGAUGGAACCACCAUCGUUCCUGAAGAAGAUCGGCGACACAGAAGUAUUACGCGGUAUGAGCGCCAAGUUCACCGCAUGCGCUACCGGCACCCCAGAACCUGACGUUGAAUGGUAUCGCAACGGCGAGCGUCUGUUUCCAUGCGAAAGAAUCCGAAUGGACAAAGAAACUACAGGAUUACUGCGUCUCACUCUAAGCGGCGUGGACCAGAGCGACGUCGGCACUUAUUCCUGCCGCAUAUACAACCCGCAUGGAGAGGAAACCUGCAGUGCUCAGCUCACAUAUGACACUCUAGAACCUCCAACUCAGAAGAGACCGCUAGCUGACCAAUACUCGGACUUCGACAAGAUGAAGAAGACCGGUAUACCGAUGCCGCUUGCUGACAAACCAAUCAUCUCACGGAUGACAGAUAGACACCUGACUCUAUCAUGGCGGCCAUCCAUCCCACACGGACCACGCUUCCCCGUCACUUACCAGGUGGAGAUGUGCGAAGUGCCUGACGGCGAUUGGUUCACCGCACGUACGGGCUUGAGAUCGUGCGCGUGCGACAUCCGCAACUUGCAACCGUUCCGCGACUACCGGUUCCGGGUGCGAGUGGAAAACAAAUACGGCGUGAGCGAUCCGUCGCCGUAUGCGCAAACGUAUCGGGCCAAAUUGGAACCGGAUCCACCUAAGUUCGUGCCGUAUCUAGAACCGGGUAUCGACUUCCGACCGGAGACCUCUCCGUACUUCCCCAAAGACUUUGAUAUUGAACGCCCCCCUCAUGAUGGGUAUUCGCAAGCGCCGCAGUUCCUUCGUCAGGAGUAUGAUUCGCAGUACGGUGUCAAGGGGCACAAUGUGAAUCUGUUCUGGUUUGUCUAUGGAUACCCUAAGCCGAAGAUGACUUACUUCUUCAACGAUGAACCGAUCGAGAUCGGAGGCAGAUACGAUUGGAGCUAUACGAGAAAUGGACAGGCUACUUUGUUUAUCAACAAGAUGUUAGAACGUGACGCGGGCUGGUACGAAGCAGUAGCGACUAACGAGCACGGACAAGCUCGCCAACGUGUUCGGUUGGAGCUCGCCGAGUAUCCGACGUUCAUACGGCGGCCGGAGGAGACGGUCGCCCUGCAGAGGAGGACCGUCCGUCUAGAGGCGAGGGUCACCGGAGUACCAUACCCUGAGAUCAAGUGGUACAGGGAUUGGCAGCCGCUCGCACCGAGCGCUAGGGUCAAGAUCCAGUUCAUAGAGCCCGAUACGACUGUAUUGACUAUCCACGACGUGCUUCUGAAGGAUGAAGGAUUAUACUCAGUGUCGGCGCGAAACGUGGCCGGCUCUGUGAGCGCCUCCGCCAUGUUACACGUAGAGGAAGACGAACAUGAAUACUCGGACAGGAUUCGCGAGCAUCCGCCGCGCGUGAAGGCGAGCACGAAGCCGUUCGGCGAUUUCUACGAUCUCGGCGACGAGCUGGGACGCGGCGUACAGGGAGUCGUCUAUCACGCCGCCGAGAGACUGUCAGGUCGCAAUUACGCAGCUAAAAUAAUGCACGGUCACUCCGCUUUGAAACCGUUCAUGAAGAACGAGUUGGACAUAAUGAACCUGCUGAACCACCGUAAUCUAGUUCGGCUACACGACGCGUACGAGCACGACCAUACAUUAGCGCUAGUAACGGAGCUCGCAGGCGGCGGGGAGCUAGUGAGAGAUCGCCUGCUACGAGGACCCACUUACACGGAGCGCGACGUAGCCGGCUACAUCAGGCAGCUGCUACGGGGACUACAGUACAUGCACGACAACAGCGUAGCACAUUUGGGACUCACGAUAGGAGAACUCCUCCUCUCCCACGCUGGCAGCGACGAACUGAAGAUCUGCGACUUCGGUCUCUCCCGUCGCAUCCAGUUCAACAAGCACGCGGCUCUAGACUACGGCAUGCCCGAGUUCGUGGCCCCGGAAGUGGCGUCAGGUGAAGGUGUCUCCUUCGCGGCUGACAUGUGGAGCGUCGGCAUCAUCACGUAUAUCCUGCUCAGUGGACACUCGCCGUUUAGAGGCGCUAAUGACAGGGAGACCCUCACCAGGAUCAGGGAAGGCAAGUGGGAAUGGCACGACGAGGAGUGGUGGUCUCGAUUGAGCCGCGAGAGUCGGGACUUCAUAUCUAAACUGCUCACGUUCAACUGGCACGAGCGUAUCGGUGUUAAGCAAGCCUUGGAACAUCCGUGGCUGACAUUAGCCGACAAAAUAUACCAGGAGGAAUACCAGAUCACCACUGACCGUCUGCGUAACUACUACAACCUUUACAGGGAUUGGACGGCAAACGCCCAAUGUCGCACGUGGUUCCGCCGGCGACCGCUCAGCGGUGCCUUCGAGCAUCCCUCCAAGAUGGUGUACCCGCCCGGGGAAAUCUAUACGCCUGAAGGCACACCGGAAAGAGAUGUUAAUUCACGUGACCGUAACACAGCACCUUUCGAUCUAAACUUCAAACAAUGGGAGCACCCCGACUGGGAGGUCUCCGCCAAGUCUGAGAGUCAUUACCAGAAUGGUCCAGACACGUAUCUGCUGCAAUUACGCGACGUGCAAUUCCCGGUGCGAUUGCGCGAGUACAUGAAGGUCGCCUGUAACCGUUCACCUGGGUACAGCCUCUCAUUGCACGACACAUACGAUCCUAGGACUCCUAUUAUCCGCGAGCGUCGCCGCUUCACGGACAUCAUGGACGAGGAGAUAGACGACGAGCGUCGCGACCGCAUCAACAACUACGGCACAGAGUCUUACACUAUCCGCCGUCUACGGCACGAGCUCGGCACCAGGCUAGAUUCCUACGCCGAAGCCCAAGCAUUAAUGGAAUCCAAGAAAGAUGGCCAACUUCCAUUCUUCCGGGAGAAACCUCAACUCCUCCCCAUCAGGGAAGGAGAGCCCGCCCAACUAUCCUGCUUCGCCGUCGGAGACCCGAAACCGUCCGUCCAAUGGUUCAAGAACGACAUGGUCCUCGCCGAAGGUCAACGAGUCAAAAUCACGGAAGACGAGGAAGGCCGCUCCACUCUAAGCUUCAACCCCUCCAUGCACCACGACGUCGGCUUCUACAAAGUGGUCGCUCGCAACAAAGUUGGACAGACCGUCGCCCGUACUAGGAUAGUAGAAGCGACCAAUCCGGACGCCCCGGACAGCCCGACUGCAGCCGAAGUGUCGGACACUGAAGUGUUACUGCGGUGGAAGCAGCCCAAAUAUGACGGAAACUCACCCGUCAUCUGCUAUGGUCUCCAAUAUAAAGAAGGAGACAGUGUCGAGUGGAAGAGCGUCGCCGAUAACAUCGACCACGAGUUUUUCGUCGUUCGAAACCUGAAGCCCGACACGAGUUACCAGUUCCGUUUGUCCUCGAGAAACAGAAUCGGCUGGAGUGACAAGGGUAUCCCCACCAAUCUGGUCAAAACGAAAAAUCCAGGCGCGCCGAAAAUAGAAGUCACCAAAGCAAUGAAACACUUGCAGCAAAUCACCGAAUCCGGCCAGGAAGUCGUUUUGGAGGAGGAGAAACCGAAACUGGACUACGCGACCGAAGAGAGACCGAUCGAAUGGGACUCGUCGGACUCGUUCACGGAACGGUACAGCUUCAUAUCGGAACUGUGGCGCGGCAAAUUCUCUAUAGUCAUCAAAGGCGUCGACAAAAGGAACGACAGCGUGGUAGUGUCGAAGAUUCUCGAAAUCAGACCGGAAACCGAAGUGCAGAUCCAGAGGGAGUUCGAAUGCUUAAGACGAUUGAGGCACGAGAGGAUAUCUAACUUGUUAGGAGCUUACCAAGCGCCGGGUUCACCUGUCGCCGCUUUGAUACUAGAAAAACUCCAAGGCGCGGAUAUUCUGACAUAUUUAUCGAGCAGGCACGACUACACGGAACAAAUGGUGGCUACUAUAGUAACACAGAUCCUCGACGGUCUCCAGUACUUGCACUGGCGCGGUUACUGUCACUUGGACUUGCAGCCUGACAAUGUGGUGAUGGCCUCCGUAAGGUCGAUACAGGUCAAACUCAUCGACUUCGGGUCAGCACAUAAAGUCACCAAGCUGGGUACUAGUGUGCCGCAGGUCGGCGAAUUGGAAUAUAAAGCCCCUGAGAUAAUAAACGACGAGCCAGCGUACCCUCAGACUGACAUCUGGUCGCUGGGCGUGCUCACGUACAUAAUGCUGUCGGGAGUAUCGCCGUUCCGCGGCCACGAUGACCAAGAGACCAAACAGAACAUAUCCUUCGUACGGUACAGGUUCGAACACUUGUACAAGGAGAUCACGCAGGAGGCGACCAGAUUCCUGAUGUUCCUGUUCAAGAAGGUGCCGUUGAAGCGGCCGUCGGCUGAGGAAUGUUACGACCACCGCUGGCUCACGCAGAGCGACUUCAUGAUCAGGAAACGGGAACGAGCCGUGUUCCUCGGGAACAGGCUCAAGGAAUUCUCCGAUGAAUACCACGAGAAGAAAUCCCGCGAGGCGUCACAAGCGGACUCUGUGUCCGCCGCGUUCGGCAAAGUAGCGCCGCGACAUCUCACACGCUCCAACAGCAUCCAAGAAGAACUGCUUACCAACUUCUCCAGCCAUUAACCACCGCACAUGCGUACCGUGCAUAUACAGGGCUAUUUGUUAAACACCAGCAAACUCGCAAAAAUACAAUUUUCUAAUUUUAUUUUUUAUUUCAUAAGAAUCUCCUCCUGACAAUUACAAAUACAACAAAAAAAAAGAAUUUGCGAAAUCAGUCGUUCACUUAUGAUGGCGUGACCAAGGGAAAUAAUCAUAUUUCAUAUAACAUCCAGUUAACAGACGUUAUUUAAGAUGUUACCUAUCUAGUCCUACGUAGUUGGUGUUGUACCAAUAACCCUGUAUACAUGAUGUUUUUAGUAUGUGCACAAAUUUUAAUAUUUUUCUAUCGAUAAGAAACAAAAUAAGAGAAGUUUCCCUAAAAAGGUUGCUAUUUAUGUUUAUCGUACUGUACCUACCUGACGGUAGGUUAACUACAGAUUUUUAUCUUUACCUACAUAUUAAAUGAGAUAUGAUUGUAAUGCUAUCUUGUUUUCUGAUAGAAAAAAAAUUGUGCACUCAUUAAAAACUUGUCGGGUAUUACUUUAUAUUUUGAAACGAAAAUAUCCGAUACUUUUCUUUAAAAACAAAAAUCAAACUUCGCUAUCGUUAAAAAACUGUGAUUACGAUUUCGCGCGUUCUCGAGUUCAUUUCUUUCACACAACCAUUUCUUCGUGUACAUUUAUAUUUCACAACGAAUUUCUAGUCAUAAUGAAAAUUUUGUUACGAAACUUUUGUUAUUGUUAAGCUAUUUAUUGUAUACAAAUUUUUACUAUUUAUUAUUUAUACUGAUUGGUAUAUACUUGAUGCUCCAGUAUUAAUUGAUAUUAAUAAAGGGCAUUGAUUUAC